GGGCCGUUUUCUGUACUUCUAAUCUUGUUUUGAAACAAACCGAAGUGAAGAGGAAACCACUUUGUGAAAGCGAAGGAGAGCGAAGGAGGCGGCGAAAAAAGAAGAGCGGCUGGAAGAAGAAGUUUAAAGGAGGAGAGGGUCGCCGCAGAUUUGAAAAAGAGACGAUAGGGUCGCCCAAAUCUGAUUUCAAGCUUCAAAAUCAACUCCAAUUAACAUUAAUUUGAAGAUGGAUUCCGUAGUUUACGGUCCCGGCCCUGUCAAUGGCAACUUGUUGACAUUGCAGAACGAGCACAGGUCCGAGGCGGUGUGGAACAGGAGAGAGGCACCGGAGGAUUUGAGAGUGAGGGCCAACUUCGGUGAAUAUUGGAACACAGUUAAAAAUAAUUGGCCGCAUGACUCGAUAGUGACUGCCAUCACGGCCGCGGGUUUUGGAUGGAUUUUCAGGUUGGGGAAGGUCAGGCAUGACGGAGGGGUGAUCACAGCCUUCAUCGAGAGGUGUCGUCCAGAGACGCACACUUUCCACCUAUCCUGCACGGGUACACCUCCACUCCAGCCCAGAGGGUGGCUUUGGUACGGGAUUUACUUGGACUGGCUCUUGGGAACGAUGAUUUGAGGAAGGACAACUUGAAGAUCCAGUGGUUGAUUACACACUUUGGCAGAUGUCACCGGUUGGACGAGUUGGCUGAGGAUUUUGGUGCGCAGUCUAUCUUUCACAUUAGGGCACACCUACUUUGUGUGAUCGGAUCGUUGUUUCCCAGUGGCAGCGGGAACUCUGUGCCGCUAAGCCUUCUUCGGUUACUAGAUGACCUGGAGAGCCUGGGUGGUUAUAGUUGGGGUAGUGCUGUUCUUUCCUACACAUACAGGAAGAUGUGUGAUGCGAGCAGAGAAGUCAAAAUCAACUUCACUAGGUAUGCCACAUUACUUCAGGUGUGGAUAUACGAGCGGUUCCCUACGAUAGCUCCACAACACAGGUCUCAACCCCAGUUCACUUACCCACUUGCGCUUAGGUGGGUGGCUUCAGUUACCCGUACUCAGGUGCCGGACUCUCAGAGUCGUAUCACCCGGUACGAGUUGGAUAACAUGGGUGUGGAACAAUUUUUGUGGUGGCCGUAUGCAGCUUUAGAUGAUGAGUUUCAGCCCGAUCAGACAUCGUACUUGCAGUGGACAGCUCUCACCCCUUUGAUGUACAUGGCAUAUGUCGAGUGGUGUUAUACUGACAGGGUCACGAGGCAGUUUGGGUUCGUUCUGGACAUACCCACAUCCUCCCCACGUAGGAAUCAUCAUGAGUUGCACGACGCCGUCAACGAGUCCAUUAACUUGCAGGGCGUCAGGGAGACAUACAUUUGUUUCUGGGAUACGUCCCUUGACCGAGCUAUGACAUCUCCUCCAUUCAUUUUGGGCGAUGGUUGCUCUCCCGCAUACAUGCCUUGGUACCUCGAGGUUACACGUAGACACAUGGUUAACCCAAUAUUCUGGCCUAGAGCGGAUGCUUUUCAGGGGACACAGGGCGCCACACAGUCAUUGGAGGAGCAGCUUCUAGAGGUGGACUCUGCCAUUGACCCUGCUGCCCCCGAUCUUAAUCGGGCACAGAUGCUUCUACAGGGGUUGAUUGGUCAGGUCCGGGGUCACCGAGGCCCUCCGACACGCAGAGGUCGGCGUCCUGUCACACCAGUUGAGCCGGAGCCUGGCACUUACUACACUCAUGUGGCCAGUACUAGCUCAGGUAGGGAUGCACGGGGUCCUUCAGGGGCGGGGGAAUGGCCCCGUUGGCCCGACGUGCCAACUGAGACUGUAGGGGAUGACUACGUAGGUGGUGGUGAAGGUGGUUUUGCGGUGAAUUUAGAGGAUGACGAGGACACCUCUGCUACUGGUGGGCACACACAUGUUUCUCCUCCACUUCAGGAGUCAUACCAGUUUUUAGAUCGAGAUGCUUAUCGUCCUGAUAUGUCAUUCCUGGCCGAUCAGUACACCACACCUCCGGUACAGGCCCCGGUCCCGUCAUUUGGUAGCUCAUCCUACGUGUUCGGGGAACCUGCGUUUCCACUUACACCGGCAGGGGUGAGGUCUACUCCUACUCCUGUACAUAUGCAUAGUUUUGGUGCGUACGCUGCUGAGAGUAGUCCGUGGGCAGUACGAGAUGAGUCGGAACCCGAGGGGCCGUCUCAGCCUGAGCAGAGACAGCAGCCACCCAGAGAUGCAAAGGGGAAGGGCAGGAGAUGUCACACGGGCAUCCAUAUCUUCGGGCAGGAGAAAAAGUAGUUUAUGUAUUUUCAGUUUGUAGUUCCGUUGCUUGCUUAUGUAUGUUUAUUUGGUACUUGUUGCUUAUGUAUGAACACUUGCUACUUGUUGCUUAUGUAUGAACACUUGCUACUUGUU